CUGAAAGAUUAAAUAAAAUUAAUUAUAUGAUGAGUAGUUUCUUCGAAUUUCCUCUGUACUACCAGCAGCAGCAGCAAGAGCAGAAUCGGAAUCACGGACACGAGGAAGAAUAUUUUUACGAAACAAUUCAAUGCUUGCCUCUUCUUAGCAGGUUUACGGAGCAAAAACAAUUAUUCAAAGAAGAAGAAAAUAUCGAAUACGGCGAAAAGAAAUCGAGAUUUCAUGAAGAGACGAUCGCAGUAGCUUUGCACAUAGGGUUGCCUGAUCAGUAUAAUUAUUUCAAGGAAGAUGAAUUUAAUGUGAAGACGAAGACGAAUAAGAAGAAGAAGAAGAAUUGUGUUAAUACUAAUAAAAAUAUUAACGGCGGGUGCAUGAGUAGUACGGCUUUGAGCGGUGGCGACGAGCGCAGAUUUUGGAUUCCGACGCCGGCACAGAUUCUCGUGGGGCCUAUGCAAUUUUCGUGCGACAUUUGCAGCAAGACCUUCAAUAGGUACAAUAACAUGCAGAUGCACAUGUGGGGCCACGGUUCGGAGUUCCGAAAAGGGCCCCAAUCGCUAAGGGGAACGCAGCCAACCGCCAUGCUGCGGCUGCCCUGCUACUGCUGCACAGCCGGCUGCAAGAACAACAUAAACCACCCACGUGGCAAGCCGCUCAAGGAUUUCCGAACCCUACAAACGCACUACAAGCGCAAGCACGCUUCUCAAAAGCCCUUCCUCUGCACGAAAUCCCCAACGUGCGGGAAAUCGUUCGCCGUCAAGGGCGAUUGGCGGACCCACGAGAAGAACUGCGGCAAGCUAUGGUUCUGCACGUGCGGUUCCGACUUCAAGCACAAGCGAUCCCUAAAGGACCACGUUAGGUCUUUCGGUACCGGCCACGAGGGUUGCUUCAAUACCGACGAAAAAGACUGCAUCACUGACGAGAGCUUCUAGCUAAUUCGAAAAAAAAAAUGUACGUAUUAAUUAUGUAUGUUCGUUUUGUGUUUGUGUUUGUUUUUUUGUUUGCGGAAGGUCUGGUAGAUGCUGCACCAGGUGAAAUAGUGACAUUCAGUUAGAAAAAAAAACGCGCGUACAACCGUGUUUUUUAUGCUGAUGUGUGCACUUUACCGGGUGUAG